AUGAAGUCCUCUCUGAUCCAACUGAUCCCACUCGCCUCCCUCGGGUCGUCGCUCUCGAUCUCUCUGCCCCCGCUGAUUCCUCACAUCCCAGGAGUCACCGAGGCCCUGAACAACAUUGUCCCUCCCCUGCCCAUCCUGCAGGUUCCCACCGCUGCCCUUGAUAGCCCGCCCUUCGAGGCCAGCGACAUCAAGCCCAAGAAGAUUGGUUACUUCUGGACUGGUGCCGGUGACAAGCAGCACAAGGACUUCCUUGCCACCUACAGUCUGGACGAUGAUACCUUUGGUACCCUCCUCUGGAUCACCGAUGUUCCCUCCAGCGGCAACGACCCUCACCACUUGGGACCCUCUCUUGAUGGAAAGUUCCUAGUCGGUGGUGGUCUCCUGUCCCUGCUCAAGACUCAGGACACCGCAUUCUACUUCGACACGUCCAACCCCUACCGCCCCAAGUUCCACAAGAGCAACCGGGCCAUCCUCUCGUCCAUCGCCGACGAGAUCCGCGCAAAGCCCGAUGGCGGUUUCUACAUCACCUACAUGGGUUCCGCCGUGGGAACCAGCCCCGGCCGUCUCGUCGAGACCGACGCCGACUUCAACAUCAUCCACGAAUGGCCCGAGGACGUCGACGGGACUCUGAACAUCCUCGGCGAGCAGUUCUCGCCUCACGGUCUGAGCAUCGACUGGGAGCGUGGAAAUAUCCUUACCUCGGACUUUGUCGAGCCGAUUAGUAUCCUCAAGCCCAGCACAGGCAUUCGCCGUGCGAACACGCUUCGUCUGUGGGAUCUCGAGACCAAGCAGAUUCUCAACACCAUUACCAUUCCCAACGGCGGCGGUAUCCAAGACGUCAAGCACAUCCCCGGCAACCCCGAAGGCGCGGCUCUCGCAACCGCUGUGCACCUCGGCCAAGUCUGGAUCAUCUACCCGGAGCGGAAAGACGCCAACGGCAAGCCCGGCGUGGCCGAGCUCCUCUACGAUCUCGGCCCCAAGGCCCGCGACACCGUCGCCAUCUACACGGACAUCACCCAGGACGGCCGCUUCAUCUACCUCACCCUGACGACCGCCAACCACAUCGCCGCCCUCGACAUCACCGACCUGAACAACGUCAAGCGUCUCGAUGACCCCGAUGAGGACCAGCCCACCAUCGGACCUCACUAUAUCAAGGUUACUCCUGACCAGAAGCACAUUGUUGUCACGGAUUACUUUGUGCAGACGGGUGAGAUUGGUCUUAUCAACACUCCAGCUGAUUUCAAGGCGCUGUACAUUGAUAUCGAGGAUGAUGGGUCCCUCAGCUUCAACCGGUCGAUUGACUUCUCUCGCGAGUUUGCCAACAGGGGUGGGGCCAAGCCGCACUCGAGUGUUGUCUUUGAUCUCACUGAUCCUGAGAACCCGCUUUACUACUAG